CUUCCUGUCCUCCAUGCUGCAGGGUCGGCGACUCCGGGAUUGGGGGAGGCUUUGUGGUUCCGUUUGCUGCGCUGUGACCCGCGGUCGGGAGCUGUGGGGGAGAGCGGGGCGAGCUCGGAAUCCGCCAUGGAUGCUCUGACCUAUGAGGAUGUACACGUGAACUUCACUCAUGAAGAGUGGGCUUUGUUGGAUCCUUCCCAGAAGAGUCUGUACAAAGAUGUGAUGCUGGAAACCUACUGGAACCUCUCUUCUAUAGGCUACAAAUGGGAAGACCACAAUAUUGAAGAACGUUGUCAAAGUUAUAGAAGACAUGGAAGUUGUAUCAUCUGUCACCCUGAACACAAGCCAUGUGAACAUAAGGAAUAUGGAAAGAAGCAAUGUACCUCUGUUUCUCCCAGGACAUUUAAAAGCUGUAUAGUAGUCCCUACUAUGAGAAGACAUGAUGGCUGUGAUACGAGUUCACAAUUAAUUGGUUUUCCACCUUCAGUGACAAUACAUCGACACUCUCACAUUAGAGACACACCUUAUGAGUACAAGGAAUAUGGAAAUUCGUGUGCCUUUACCAGAUUACUUUGUACAUGUAGUGUUACUAGCACUACAGGAAAAUGUUAUGUAUGCAAUCAGUGUGGUAAAACUCUGAAUUCUUCCAGUUGUCUUCAAAGAUGUGAAAAAAAUCACAUACAAAAAAGAAGUGAUAAAUGUGGGCCUUGUACAAAAGACUCAAACCAUCACGGGUAUUUUCAGAGACACAAUACAACCAAUGAGGUAGAGGAUAUUUAUGAAUGUAAGCAACAUGAUAAAACAUUUAUAUCUGACUACUCCUUAAAAGUACACAAAAAACCUCACUUGGUAGUAAGACCCUAUGAAUAUAAUCAAAGUGAUAAAGCCUUUCCAUGUCACAGUCUUCAUCAAGUACAUAGAACUAAUAUUAGAGAAAAAAGGCAUGAAUGUCAUCAAUGUGAUAAAGCCAUUGCACAUUGCAGUUAUCUUCUAAAACAUGAAAGAACUCAUACUGAAGAACAACAUUAUGAAUGUAAUCAAUGUGGAAAAGCCUUUUCAGAUAAGAGUACUCUUCAUAGGCAUGAAGGAAGUCAUAUUGGAGAGAAAUGUUCUGGAUUUAAUCAAAGUGUUAAAGCCUUUGUAUAUAAAACUCCUCAUGGGCACAAAAGAAGUCACACUGGAGAGAAACUUCAUGAAUGUGAUCAAUGUGGUAAAGCCUUUGCACGUAAAAGUCAUCUUCAUAUACAUGAAAGAAGUCAUACUGGGGAGAGACCCUAUGGAUGUAAGCAAUGUGGUAAAGCCUUUGCAUAUAAAAGUGUUCUUCACCGGCAUGAAAGAAGUCAUACUGGAGAAAAACCCUAUGUAUGUAAUCAAUGUGGUAAAGCCUUUCCAUGUAUAAGUGAUCUUCGUAAUCAUGAAAGAAGUCACACUGGUGAGAAACCCAAUGAAUGUAAUCAAUGUGGUAAAGCUUUUUCACGUAAAAGUCAUCUUCACAGGCAUAAAAGAAGUCAUACUGGAGAGAAACCAUAUGGAUGUAAUCAAUGUGGUAAAGCCUUCGCAUGUAAAAGUGAUCUUCAUAGGCAUGAAAGAAGCCAUAGUGGAGAGAAACCCUAUGGCUGUAAUCAGUGUGGUAAAGUGUUUGCAUAUAAAAGUCAUCUUCACAGGCAUGAAAGAUGUCAUACCAGAGAAACCCUCUGGAUGUAAUGCAUGUGGUAAAGCCUUUGCACAUUUCAUUCAUGAAAGAAAGCAUACUGGAGAGAAACCCUCUCAAUGUAAUCAAUGAUGUGAAACCUUUGCAUGGAAAAGUCAUCUUCAAAUAAAUGAAAGAAGUCAUAUGAGAGCAAUUCUGUGCAUGGCAACAAUGUGGUAAGCCCUUUCCACAUAAAAAUCAUCUUUAAUACAUGGAAGAAGUCAUUCUGGAGAGAAACCCUAUGCAUAUAGUCAAUGUGGUAAAUUCUUUCAACAUACUGUAUUUCAACAAUAUGGAAACAGAAUAAUUUGAAGAAUAAAAUCAAUUUGCAAAUUAAAA